AUCUCUUCAAGCGGCAUUCAGUACUGUCAACAUUGAGUUUUUUUCUUUCCCCGUUUUCUGUGUUCCUCUCACGAUUAUUUUUCUAUAUAGAUAUAUAUUUUUGUUUGUUGUCAUCUCAACGAGGGUGGUGAAGUUGGUAGAACCAUGUCGGAGCACGACAGCAACGCGUUCACGGAGCCGGAGCUCAGCAACCCUUUCCAGGACCCUUCCGUGACGCAAGCCAGGCAGACGACGACGACGACGGCGACGGCGAUGGCGGCGCGAUUGGAAGAGUACAACCCCUUCACGGACGCCAAACCGGCGGCGAUGGCGAGCAAGCCCCCCCCGGCGGUGACCCCCGGCGCCCCGACGCAGCCCGCCAUCAUGAAGCCCACGGAGGAGCCGCCCGUCUACUCUCAGCCUCGGGUGCAGGAGUCGACAGGGGGCGCCGGCGAGCUGCUGAGAAGGCAGGAAGAGCUGGAAAGGAAGGCGGCCGAGCUGGACCGGCGAGAGCGCGAGAUGCAGUCGCUCAGCGCUUCUGGAGGCAGGAAGAACAACUGGCCGCCGCUCCCGGAGAAGUUCCCGGUGGGGCCGUGUUUCUACCACGACGUCACGGUGGACAUUCCCGUGGAGUACCAGAAGACGGUCAAGAUCAUGUACUAUCUGUGGAUGUUCCACACGGGGACGCUGCUGGCUAACCUGCUGGGCACUCUGGCGUGGUUCUGCGUGGACCCGGGGCGCGGCGCCGACUUCGGCCUGGCCAUCCUCUGGUUCCUGCUCUUCACGCCGUGCUCCUUCGUGUGCUGGUACCGACCCGUUUACGGGGCAUUCAAGAGCGACAGCUCGUUCCGCUUCUUCGUGUUCUUCUUCGUGUACGUGUGCCAGGUGGGCGUCUACGUGUUGCAAAGCGUGGGCCUCCCGGGAUGGGGAGCCUGCGGGUGGGUCUCGGCCCUGACGUGCCUCAACGUCAGCAUUGCCGUGGGCGUGCUGACCGUCCUGGUGGCGGCGCUGUUCACCGCGCAGGCCGUCAUGUCGCUGGUCAUGUUCAAAAAGGUGCACGCCAUGUACCGGACCACCGGCGCCAGCUUCCAGAAGGCCCAGCAGGAGCUGGCGGCGGGCGUCAUGUCCAACAAGACGGUGCAGACGGCCGCCGCCACCGCCGGCUCCAAAGCGGCGCAGGGAGCCUUCAAGGAGAGCAUCUGAGAAAGGGGGGGACUCGAACGUGCGCGCUCGUCGCCGGCCGCUCGACCGUACCUACUUUCCAUCGCGCUUCCUUCGAAAAACGCAAUCAAAUACAGUUGGAGACGGGGGGGGGGGCAAAGAUUAUGUCAGAUUUUGAAGAAGGGGUAAAAAAAAAUUUGCGACAUUAUAAAAAGGGGGGGAGCUUAGGUUGCAAUUAUUUUUCAAAGUGGAAAAAAAGUAAAGUAAAAUUAAGUAAAUUAUUAUUCAAUUGAAAUCAAGUAUAAAAAGAUAAAGUACAUUUUGAGGCGAAACCGUAAAAUAACAAUUCAACGCUAAUAUUGUUGGAAUUUAUAAAACAAAGGCCAUUUAAUUUUUUUAAAUGUGUAAGACAAAAAGUAUUGAAAUUAACAGAAAUUUCAUUUUGAUUUAAAAAAUGUGUAUAUUACUACAAUUGGAAUAAUACAAGACUUUUUUUUUUUUAAGUGUUUUUUCAAAAAGGCAUUUACAAGAAUAAAGUUGGAUAUGCGGGGGGGGGGGGGGUAUACAACUAUUUUGAAGGGGGAAAAAAGUCAUUAGAAGGCAAAUAUUACAGGAACAGCUGAUAUUUUUUAUUUUGAUGCAGUCAUUAUUCCCCCCCAAAAAAUUUCAGCAUUAUUUUUGAGGUGGGGGAGACUAAUUUUACAAAGCUAGUCAGUUUUCCUUGGACAAAACUUUCGACAAAGCACACAAGCUUGUGUGAAUAAUUUCAGAAUUGUUUGGGAAAAAAAUAUGAGAAUUUUUUUUCUUUUUUUUUUAAAUCACCCCAAAAGGCAUAUUAUUUAUAUUUAAAAGGAAAAAGUAGGAAUAGGAGACAUUAAAAGUUGAUUUUGUUGAGGGAGGGGAGCACCUUGUUAUAUCCUUGAGAAAGAAAAAUGCAUUUUGUAUUUUUAGGGGAGGAAAGUAGUAGAUUGGAACAAAUAUUGUCUCGAUUUUUAUGGAAGUAUAUUAGUGCAGCCAGGAUUUGAAUAUGAAAUGUAAAGUGAUGACAUUUUCAAUAGUUGUAUUUUGCUA